AUGACCUCCCCCUGUGCAGGCGACCCCAGUCCAGCAGUCCUGCCCCCUCCUUCUGUAGCCACUCCAGGUGAGCCACGGUGUCCCGCAGCGCCCCCGGAGCCCCCCUUCCCGGACAUCUACGGCGGGGACGCGCAGCUCUGGGAGGCGCACUUCCGCGGCAUCGGGCGCGCCUACCGCGCGCUGGGCAAGGAGGACGACUUCGCCAUCCGCCUGCUCACCGAGGACUUCACGCUGCCCUUCCCGUUCGCCUGGCCGCCGGGGCCCGACCCGGCCCGCGGGCCGCUCUUCUACGACCCGCACGACCGCGCGGGCUUCGACUUCCUGCUGCGGGGCCCGGGCGCGCCGCCCCCCGCGCUGCUGCGGCCCCUGCACAACACGGCGCAGGCGGCCCGGCGCAAGCGGCGCCUGGAGCGCCUGGCGCGCAGCUACGCGCACGCGGGCCCCGGCCAGCACCCCGGCCUCGUGCUGCUCGCGCCCGCGCCCGCGCCCGCGCCCGAGGCCGGCACCCCCGCGGCCGCGCCCCCCGGCUGGGCGAGCCCCCGGCUGCCCCGAGAAAGUUAA